AUGGCAGCCACCCUACUCAUGGCUGGGUCCCAGGCACCUGUGACAUUUGAAGACAUGGCCAUGUACCUCACUCGGGAAGAAUGGAGACCUCUGGACCCUACACAAAGGGACCUUUACAGGGAUGUUAUGCAGGAGAACUAUGGAAAUGUUGUCUCAUUAGAUUUUGAGAUCAGGAGUGAGAAUGAGGUGAACCCAAAGCAAGAGAUUAGUGAAGAUGUAAAAUUUGGGACCACAUCUGAAAGACCUGUUGGGAAUACUGAGGAAAAUCCUGAAAGUGAAGAGGCCUUUGAAAGUGGCGAUAGAUCAGAAAGACAGUGGGGAGAUUUAACAGCAGAAGAAUGGGUGAGCUAUCCUCUCCAGCAAGUCACUGAUAUGCUUGUCCACAAAGAAGUCCACACAGGCAUCCGAUAUCAUAUAUGUUCUCAUUGUGGAAAGGCUUUCAGUCAGAUCUCAGAUCUUAAUCGCCAUCAGAAAACCCACACUGGAGAUAGACCUUAUAAGUGCUACGAGUGUGGAAAGGGCUUCAGUCGCAGCUCACACCUCAUUCAGCAUCAAAGAACACACACUGGAGAGAGGCCCUAUGACUGUAAUGAGUGUGGAAAAAGCUUUGGAAGAAGCUCUCACCUCAUUCAGCAUCAGACAAUACACACUGGAGAGAAGCCCCACAAAUGUAAUGAGUGUGGGAAAAGUUUCUGUCGACUCUCUCACCUAAUUCAACACCAAAGGACCCACAGUGGGGAGAAGCCCUAUGAGUGUGAGGAAUGUGGGAAAAGCUUCAGCCGAAGCUCUCACCUAGCUCAGCAUCAGAGGACCCACACGGGUGAGAAGCCUUAUGAGUGUAAUGAAUGUGGACGAGGCUUCAGUGAGCGAUCUGAUCUCAUCAAGCACUAUCGCGUUCACACAGGGGAGAGGCCCUACAAAUGUGAUGAGUGUGGGAAGAAUUUCAGCCAAAACUCCGACCUUGUGCGCCAUCGAAGAGCCCACACAGGAGAAAAGCCAUACCACUGUAAUGAAUGUGGGGAGAAUUUCAGCCGCAUCUCACACUUGGUUCAACACCAGAGAACCCACACUGGGGAGAAGCCAUAUGAAUGUAAUGCUUGUGGGAAAAGCUUCAGCCGUAGCUCUCACCUCAUUACACAUCAGAAAAUUCACACUGGAGAGAAGCCCUAUGAGUGCAACGAGUGUUGGCGAAGCUUUGGUGAAAGGUCAGAUCUGAUUAAACACCAGAGAACCCACACAGGAGAGAAACCCUAUGAGUGUGUACAGUGUGGAAAAGGUUUUACCCAGAGCUCUAACCUCAUCACACAUCAGAGAGUCCAUACAGGAGAGAAGCCUUAUGAAUGUACCGAAUGCGAGAAGAGUUUCAGUCGUAGCUCAGCUCUUAUUAAGCAUAAGAGAGUCCACACUGACUAA